AUGAGCCUACCGUGCCUCGGCCACGUGCAGGGCGACCUGUCCCUGCGGCGUCCUCCCUUGCCGCCUUGGCAACGACCUAGCCGCGCCGCGAGGAGAGCCGGGAAUGGAGGUCGUGGCUGGAGGGGCGCCGAGCUAGGGGAGGCGCAGGGCACGGAGUUCCCAGAGUUCCGGGAGUUCCGGCUUCGCCUGGCAGUCGGCAGUCCUCGGCAGAAGGGCUGUCCUGGCGCCUCGGGCAGCUCUGCGUGGGCCGGGGUGACUUCCCCGCGAUCCCCUGGGCGAGGUGAAGGGCGGGGACCCCCGCUGCGCCUUCCACGCGCCGUUCCCCACCGGCGAGUGGCUCCUUCCUCAGACCUGUCGCUCGCGGACAGGCGCCGUGGGCCUCCCGGGCCCCUGCACCGCCCGCCUUCCCCGCGGCUCCCGGAAGUGGCUGCUUGUUUUCGGAGGCAUUUCACCCGCGCGGGGAGAGCUUCCCGGGAAGAUUCCACGGCCGUCGAGAGCUUCCGCGUCCCGGACGCGUUUCCGUUGAGCCUGAGGGUCCGGGCCGGUUCCGCCCUCACGGUCCAAUGGCCGCGGAGGGGCAGGGAGGAGUGGGGGCUCCUUAAUGUGACCCAGAAGGGCCUAUACCGGGAUGUGAUGCUGGAGAACUUUGCACUCCUUAGCUCACUGGGACUUGCACCUUCAAGAUCCCCUGUGUUUACCCAGCUGGUGGAUGAUGAACAGCCGUGUGUGCCCAGCUGGGUGGAUGUGACUCUAGUCAGCAGAACAGAAGCCAGCAGAGGUGCUGGUCCUGUCUGCCAUCUCUACUGUGACUUUCAGGCUCUGCAUGUUCCUGCCUCUUUGGCCUGUGUCUCUUCAUUGCCCUUCUCUGUAUCUAUGCAGAGCUGUCUACAGUGGGCCACUCAGUGGAUGACUCAAGAUGUGCGCAUAUCCUUAAAUAGGUAUUUGAUCUUCAGUCAACCCUCAAUUAAUAUUUAAACA